AUUUCCGGCCUCGUGGGAGAGAGACAAACUACCCGGGGUACUUGGGGACAGGGAGGGUCAUUUAAGUCGAUUUGAAGGUUAAGAAAGGGUUUAUCAGGAAGGCCCGCCUGAAUGAGUUUUGAAGAGUGAGUGGGAGUUAACCCCGUGGAAAAGGGAGUGAAAGUGUGACGGGUGUUCCAAGCAGAGCGUAAGGAACGGCUGGAACUAUAUGUGAAGGCGAGAGCUUUGUUUUAGGAUGUGUGGGAGAUGUGAGAGGAGAAAUGACUGCAAAGAAAGAUGUCAUUUGUCAGAGUGAACCGUUACGGUCCCCAUGGAGGAGGAAGGAAAGCACUGAAAGUAAAGAAGAAGAAAACGUCAGUAAAGCAAGAAUGGGAUAACACUGUAACUGAUCUAACCGUUCAUCGGGCAACUCCUGAAGAUCUGAUCCGUCGUCAUGAAAUACACAAAUCGAAGAAUAGAGCAUUAGUACACUGGGAGCUCCAAGAAAAAGCUUUGAAGAGAAAAUGGAAGAAGCAGAAACCGGAACUUUCUAAUCUUGAGAAAAGGAGAUUGUCUCUCAUGAAGGAGAUUCUUUCUGAUCAAUACCAGAUGCAAGAUGUAUUGGAAAAAUCUGAUCAUUUGAUGGCUACAGCAAAAGAUCUGUUUGUUGAUUUUCCUCGUAGGCGCACAGGGUUUCCAAAUGUAACAAUGGCUCCUGAUUCCUCUCAAGGUCCCAUUGUGGUAAAUCAAGACCCUGUCACCCAGGCCAUCCUUAGUGAAUCUGUUAUUGAGCCUCAGGCUCUUAAUGAAGUCGAUGAUGACCAACGAGAAGGAACUGUUAACAGCCAGUCAGAAGAAAGUGAGAAUGAGUUGGAUAACUCUCUAAGCUCUCAGUCAAACACAAAUGCGGACACGUUUCUCCACCAAAUAAAGGAAGAUAAUUCCGAGUUAAUUAAUAAACUACGGACUGAUAUUCAGCAGAAAGUAGCAACACAAUCACAAAUAACAACCUCUUCAGGAACUCCAUCAUCUGCUUCUCCAUCAGGAGAACAAAAAGCUGCUCUGAAUGCUACCAAUGCUGUUAAGAGAAUCCAUACGAGGCUUCAACUGGAAGAAUCUACUGAGACUCUAGACUCAAGCUCUGUAGUGAGACAAGUGCUGAACUCAAGGAAGCAAAAACAGCUGCUAAAUAAAGUGAAAAGAAAACCAGAUUCGCGUGCUCCUUCCAAACAGAAGAAUAGCGUGUUAUCAGCCAGCACAGCCUCCACACACUUACCGAAUAGCAGUAACCCCAGCCUAGAUGUCCUCAAGCACAUGAUACACGAAGUGGAGCAUGAAAUGGAAGAAUAUGAGCGGUGGACAGGACGCGAGGUCCGGGGGCUCCAGAACAGUCAGGGUCUCACCGGCUUCACCCUGUCGCUCGUGAGCUCCCUCUGCCGCCUGGUUCGCUACCUUAAAGAGAGUGAGCUCCAACUGCGUAAAGAAGUAGAGACAAGGCAGCAACUGGAACAAGCAUUAGGCGAACAUCGAGAGCUGAUUGAUGCUCUGACAGCUGAAAUUCUUCUGCUUAGAGAAGAAAAUACUGCUACCCAGGCAAGACUUCAGCAGUACAUGAUCACAACAGAUGAGCAGCUUAUAUCACUCACACAUGCCAUUAAGAACUGUCCUGUGAUAAAUAACAAAGAAACUCAGGCAUUAGAAAGGGGAGCCACAAGUAGAAAUAUGGACAGUCCGGAGGGUCCAGCUGUAAAUGCUAAUGUCUCCGUGCCAUUGAUGUUCAGAGGGGAAGAUGUGGUUGAAUUCCCACAGGAAGAUUUGCCUGUUAAACUGUCUCAGGUGCCAAACCCUCCAGAAAGCGGGAGUCUGGCCAGCAGUUUUCCAGGGCACGUAUGUGAGCCAGCAGUAUUGUUAACACCGCCCAGGCAGAAAAGCAACUCAGAAUUCUCUCCUUUGCAGGAUGUGUUGAGGAGGACCGUUCAAACUCGUCCUGCUCCACGAAUUCCUCCAACCGUGGAAAUAAUUGAGAAGGAACAAAAUUGGGAAAAGAAGACCGUACCUACUGGCACAGACAUUCAGAAUUCAAGUGAAGAGAGUCAUCUGUUUACUCAGAGGUGGAGGGCCUCUCACAUGGGAGAAGAUUUGCAGAACAAAACCCAGGCUCCUUUCGUUAACCUCUCACAGCCCCUCUGCAAUUCCCGUUCAAGCACUCAGCAAUCAAGAAACCCCACACUCUCAGAAGAACCCCCAGUAUUGGGAGAUGGGCAACAGCUUAGAACAAAUGAGACAUUAAUACAAAGAAAGGACAUCAUGGCACGAAUUGCUGAGUUGACACUGCAGAAUUCAGCUAUCAAGGCACAUCUGAAUAAUAUUAUUGGGCCAGGGGGAGAGCAAGGGGAUGGACUUGGGGAGUUUAACAAACGGGAGAGGAGUCAUGCCAGCGACAUGACCUCUACUUUUCCAGCAGUACAACCUCUAACCCCAAGUAGCAUGGAGGAGCGGAUUGCAGAAUUGAAUCGACAGAGUAUGGAGGCUCGUGGAAAACUCUUGCAAUUAAUAGAGCAGCAGAAACUUGUUGGUUUGAAUCCUUCCUCUCCACCAGUAUCACCUAUUCGGUCACCUCUCGGAGCAUGGACUGAAGGAGGAAAGAGGAUGAUUGAGGUAUCUAUUCCAGUAGCGGAAGCCCCAGAAAGCUCAAAAUGCAGUACUGUCUCUCCUACCAGUGGGCUAAAUUCAAGAAGAUCUCCAGGGGCUACUAGUAAUUCUUGUUCUCCAUUAAAUGCCACCUCGGGAAGUGGGCACUUGACACCUCUUAAUCCAAGAGCAAAGAUUGAGAAACAAAAUGAAGAAGGCUGGUUUGCUCUUGCUACCCACGUGUCAUAAGUGAGGUCGAGUUGUAGAGUUUGUUCUCAGUAAUAUAUUCUUGAGUUUCCACUCCCCUUUCCCUGCUCCUGCUUUCAAGUUUUUAUGUUCUUCUUUCAGAUAAAACUUACAAAGAUCUCAUGACUUAGUACUAAUAGAACAAAGAAAUAAAGCAAUUAUUUUAAUUUUGACCUUUUCAAAUAGAUUUCCAACAAACAAACAACCUAUAACAUCUUGUGAAUAAAAUUUUGACUAGAGGGAAAUUAA